GGUUUUUUCUAAAACGAUGCUACGACGCCUUGCGGUGGAGAUACGAGAUUCAUAGAAUAAAACAGAAAGGAUAGUUAUUUCUUUAUCAUACAUUUAAAAUUAAGAAGUUCAAGUACUAAAAGAUAAUGGCAAACGUAGAAAUUGACAUCGUAGGUGAUAUGCAAAUACCACAACAAAAACAAAAAUCUAACACUGGGUUUGAAUUCUUACAGAUACCACAACUCCCACUUAAUAACAUAGGAUAUCCUCAAGCUCAUGAAUGGAUUGAACACAGAAAAGCAAAUAUUAGAUCAUGGUCUUUGUUUCUUAAUACAAGCAAUAUAAGACCUGCUCCCAGUUUACCAAGAUUGAGUAAAAGAAUUGUUAGAAAUAUUGAAUAUUUCCAAAGCAAUUAUUUAUUUGUAUUUGUUGGAUUAGUUAUUUAUUGUUUAAUUACAUCACCAUUGUUGCUAUUCGCUGUUGUUGCAUCUCUUGGCACUUGUUACAAAGUUUCUCAGCGUCAUGCUAAACAGGAACUUAUGAUAUUCAAUCAUAAAUUAACAUUAGCUCAAGUUUAUACUUUAGUAGGAAUUUGUUCAUUACCAAUUUUUUAUUUGGUUGGUGCUGGUGCAGCUCUAUUUUGGGUUCUUGGUGUAUCCUGGUUUUUAAUAACUUUACAUGCAGCAUUCUAUAAUAUAGAUUCUGUAUUAUGUCCAGGAGAAGAUGAACUUAAUUCUUUAGUUAUGCAAGAAGCUUCAAAAUGUGGAACAAUUUUUAGUUUAUAUUUUCGUGAUGAAAUUCGUACAAUUGAUUUUGUACUUGUUUGGGAUGAAUACAAUGUAGAAGCUCAAACGUACCGUUGUAUUGAAUAUAGACGUAUAUUUGAAAAAAAUUUAGAAAAGGAAGGUUUACAAUUAGAAUAUGAACAAGCAGAACCAAAUGGUUUACAUUUCAUAAAAAUUCAUGCACCUAAAGAAGUAUUAAGACGGUAUGCUGAAAUAUUAAAACUUAGAUUGCCAAUGAAAGAAUUACCUAGCAUGAUGAUUUUUGAAAAUCGUAGUAAUACAUUAAUUAAAGAAGUCAAUUCAUUAUUCAAGAGAAUUAUGAAAAAGUAUUAUGUAAACCAAACAAUAUUUCCAACUUUAAAACAUAAUUUUACAGCUGUUUAUAGCCGUGAUAAAGAAUAUUUAUUCAAUUUGGAUUCACCAAAUUUUUUUACUACUGCAACACGUGCUAGAAUCGUACAAUUUAUUUUAGAUAGAACCAGAUUUACUGAAACUAAGGAUGAUGACUUUGCAUUUGGAAUAGAUAGAUUGAUUUCGGAAAAAGCAUAUAUAGCCGCAUAUCCUCUUCAUGAUGGUGAUUUACAAGCACCAGAUUCUAUGAGAUAUCUCUUGUACAAAGAAUGGGCAAGCAUAAAGAAAUGUCUUCAUUAUCAACCAUUAGAUUACAUCAAAGAAUAUUUUGGAGUAAAAAUUGGACUUUACUUUGCUUGGCUUGGAUUUUAUACACAUAUGUUGAUACCUGCUAGUAUUGUUGGUCUUUUAUGUUUCAUAUACAGUUGCGCGACUUUAUAUUCUAAUGAACCAAGUGAAGAUAUUUGCAAUUUCAAUGGUACUAUUGAAAUGUGUCCUUUAUGUGAUCAUUUUUGUGGAUAUUGGGAUUUAAAAGAAACAUGUUUACAUGCAAGAAUUACAUAUUUAUUUGAUAAUCCAUCUACUGUUUUUUUUUCUAUAUUUAUGUCAUUAUGGGGUAUGUAAUAGUAAUAUUAAUA